CUUCAGCCGCGCCGCGCGCCGGACAAGACAACCGAACCAACAGUUGAUGCGAGGCGAGGCGAGGCGAGAGAGCCGCGACGAACAAGCCCGAGUGAAUGCGUGUGAACGUUGUUUAGUAACAGUGAAUGUGUGUGUGAGUGCCUAGCCGGAUUACAAAUCGUGUGAUAUCAGUAAUUUAGUGACAUGGAAGAGGAACAAGAACAAUGUGAUCUGUGAUACUUAACUAAGUUUGUUGCCCACGAACCAUCACGCCGUAUUCUGCAACCAAGAUAUUUAUUUAGUGUUUCCCUUCGUCUAGUGUGUGUGUACUCGUGAAUUUUCGUCAUCAUCCUCGUCGCCGCCACCGUCAACGUUUCUUCCAUGACAUUCUAGUCUGCAAGUGUCCUGUUCCUCAAGUGUUUCCCCUUCCGCGUUCUGCCACUUUUUUGAGGGUUUAGACAUCACCGUCAGCAUCACCCGCUGGACCAUCACCAACACCAUCACCACCAUCACCAACCCCAGCACCACAAGGGACAUGGCUGCGUGAGCCCCAGGCCCCUCCAAGGGCUUCCCCGACGGACACGUCCCCGGCAGCAACAUGCAGGGCACGAGGUACCUGUGCGUGCUGUACCUGGCCACGGCCGGGCAGCAGGGCGCGCGCCUCGGCUCGGACGAGGAGGAGGUGGUCCUGCUCAUCUACGUCGUCAUCGACGUGGCCGCCAACAAGGUCGUGGGCGCGCAACAGUACGUCGUGAAGCCCAUGAUGGUGGAGCACGCGGACACGGUGCUCUCGGAGCACAUCCUGGCGCACUCCGAGCUCACCGAGGAGAUCGUCAACGAGAAGGGCGUCUCGCUGGGCGAGGCCCUGAUCCAGUUCGACGACUACGUGCGGUCGCUCCAAAUCGACCCCUGCUCGCCGCACUUCUGCCUGGUGACUGACGGCCAGUUCCCGCUGCGCCAGUGCCUCCACCCGGAGAGCUGCUCCAAGAACAUCGACCUGGCGCCCUACUACAACGCGUUCCACGACCUGCGCAAGGAUUUCAGCGCCUUCUACUCGGCGCCCGUCGUCAACUCCAUCAAGGAGAUGAUAAACUAUAUAAGCAUGACAUUCGACACGGAGAACGAGUUUUACGUGAAAGAAGCCAAAGACAUGGUCAACAUCGUCCACAGGUUGAUAGCCGACGGAUACUGCUUUGACAAUCCUGAAACGGUGGAACUACGACUUGAACCUGGCAUAUGCUCAAAGAAUGAAGAAGUCGAUAAUAAUUGUGUAGUUCGCGCAAGAGGGCUUCCCUGGCAAUCCUCUGAUCAAGAUAUUGCCAAAUUCUUUAGAGGCUUGAAUGUUGCAAAAGGUGGUGUAGCCCUUUGCUUAAGCCUUCAAGGACGUAGGAACGGCGAGGCUUUGGUUCGAUUUGUUAACCAAGAACACAGAGACAUGGCGCUAGGGCGACACAAACAUCAUCUUUCCAACCGGUACAUAGAGAUAUAUAAAGCAAAUGGAUCUGAAUUCGUUGCUGUUGCUGGAGGCAACAAUUCGGAGGCCGAGGCAUUCCUGUCAAGGGGGGCUCAGGUCAUCAUCCGAAUGAGAGGGUUGCCUUAUGAAUGCACAGCCAAGCAAGUGCUUGAGUUCUUUGAAUCGGGAGAGAACUCAUGUCAAGUCAUGGAUGGAGAAGAUGGUGUGUUAUUUGUGAAAAAACCUGACAAAAGAGCAACAGGUGAUGCUUUUGUGUUAUUUGCACAUGACGAGGAUGGAGCAAAGGCUAUUAGUAAACACAGAGAGCUUAUUGGUUCACGUUACAUAGAACUUUUCCGAAGCACGACUGCAGAAGUACAACAGGUUUUGAACAGAUCAAUGGAUCCCAAAACGUAUGAAUCAGUAUCAGCCCCUUCCCUUCCCCUACCAAUGCUGCCUCAGCAGUUUGUGACGACGGGUACCAGGAAGGACUGCAUACGACUUCGUGGACUGCCAUAUGAAGCUCAAGUGGAGAACAUUUUAGAGUUUUUGGGUGACCACGCCAAGUCGAUUGUAUACCAAGGUGUUCACAUGGUGUUCAAUGCACAGGGUCAGCCUUCAGGUGAAGCGUUCAUCCAGAUGGACUCUGAGCUGAGUGCUGCCAUGGCGGCGCAGCAGAAGCACCACCGGUACAUGAUCUUCGGCAAGAAGCAGCGGUACAUUGAGGUGUUCCAGUGCUCUGGCGAGGACAUGCACUUGGUGAUCGCGGGUGGCAUCCCGACGGGCGGACCCGUUUCCCCGGCCAAGGCGGCGGCCGCCACCACCUUACUGUCUCCCGGUGGCACCCUGCUGCCGGCGCCCCAGUUCGGCCCGCCGGGCAGCUUCUCCCACUUUGCAGCCAUGCAGUCUGCCCAAGUGAUUCCCACCCUGACCAGACCCUCUCCCGCCCCCUUCGUCUACCCGCCCAUGAUAUACUGGCCCUACCCGUCCCCUCCUGUCAGCCCGACGUCCUACUACGGCGGAGGGAUCCCCCCCAGUGCGGUGGCUCCGGCCGGCCCGCCUAUGGGGGCACCCAUGCAGGGCCCUCUCCAGGGGCCCCCUCCUCACCCUGGGGCCCCGCACGCGCUGGUAAUCUCGCAGCCCGGCUUGCCCUUCUCGGUUAGCCCUAACGGCGAUAUGCUCAACUUAUUUCAAGGCUUUCCAGAGUGGGCUGGACUGGAAUAUGUGAACACUGCUCAUCUGACUCCACCUGCUAUCAGUAAGUAAUGUGGGACUGCAUUCUGCGGUUGCGUAACUGUGAUGGAUGACCAACUGAUGCUGCUCUUCUCCUCUUCAGCUCCAAGCAGUUGGUGAACCUGCCAUUUCCUGCCGUUAUGCAUCAUUAGAUGUACAUAGCUGUAUGUACGGACUUUGAUGACUCAGUCAAUAGUUUUUGACUGUUUCCUCUCGUUUUGUAUUUGUGCAAUAUUUUCAUGGCUUCCCUUCCAGAGGAAGUCAUGCUACUAGAAUUGUUAACUUGUUAAAUUUGUUUCCCCGAAUGUAUUAAUGUAUGUGUGAUGAACUUUCUCUUCAUAAAAUUUUGCAGAUUUGCGUAGUGGAGUCAUAAACACAUUUUUCCCAAAGAUGAUGUAAAUGUAGCUAUUAAAAUUGCUUCUCAUAAAGUGCCUGUUCAUAGUUGAUAUACAUCAAAUAUUGUUGCUGAAAUUUUGUAUUUAUAGUAUUGUUAAUUGUUUACAAUGUUUAGUCUUUUUUAUAUAGAUUAUAUAUAAAUAUAUAUAUUUUUGAAUCAAGAAGCUUUUAAGCACUGAAUUUAGUACACAAAAGCAAAAUGUGACAGUCAAAGUAAGUCUGUAGAAAUUAAUUAUGUCUUACCUGUGUAUCCUUCAGAUUGACACAUUAUAUUUAAAACCAGAAAAAUCUUAGUGAAAGUUGUACCCAAGAGGACUCAUUUCAUGGAAGAAAUGCAAGGCUUUCAUUUUCAAGUCUAAAUCAGAGCUUUUGGCACCUGCUCCUCUUAGUUUAAUUUGGCUGUGAAUAAGCGCUGCAUGCAUAUGACUGAAAUUGCAAUGUGCAUGAGAGAUAGGAUUCAAUUUGGUUAAAUUGUGAGUUGCACAAAGCCUGCAAUAUAUAGGUGUUGUCUUUUAAUUCACAUGACCAGUUUGGGCAAGUUUUUCAAAUUUGCUUCUUUCCAUUGCAAUGCUGAAUAACGCUUGUAAAUGUGAAAAUAGUUUCAAGAAAGCUCAACUUGUCAGUUCACUCCCGUCUUUUUGUCAUCCCACUUCUUACAAUUUGUGUUGUUUUUCAGAUUUGUGUGUCCCUUUGUUGUAAUUACAGUUGUAGUCAGUGUUUAUGGUAAUGCCAUGUUUGGCCUGUGUUAAACUUCAUGCACAUAAUUUGAUUGGGUUCUGUCAUUCCUAUCUUUGAAGACAUUGCUAAUAUGUUUCUAAAAUGACUUGGACACCGUACUCCUCAUGACUCCUCGCAUUUUGUUAAGUUGUUUCUACAUGGCCUAAUUUCUCUUCUGCUUUUUGUUGACUCAGCAAAUGAUGCUUAUUUAAUCCUCUUUAGUAGAUUUAAGACUGUUCAAUUCCUGUACAUUUUAACAAGAAAACAUCGAAUCAAGUUUAGUGUAUUGGAUGAUUUGACUUGCUGUCCAAUUUUGUUGUCACUUAUUUAUUUGAAUCAUUAGUGAUUUCCCUGUAUGAGAAUCAAUGUUAAGCUGUUCCUUGGGACCCAGAGUCCAUGCACCGUUACUGUGAUUGUGAUUUAUUGUAAAAGAGGGAUGCUCUUGUCAAAAUUGAUAUUUAUCGUUUUUAAUCUGGUGCCAGAAGAGCUCUCAGUAACACUUAGCUUAUUGAUUCUAUCAUGAAACAGCUAAUUAGAAAAUAUUAGAGUAAGUAGUGAGUAAUGGAACUCAAAGUCGUGGAAAAAUAGGUUGUGAAAAAUAAUGAAAAAUAUUUCAGAUUUUUAAUUAAAUAGGACCUUUUCUUACCCUACUGACCCGAAUUUGAAAUGAGCUCUGCACUGCAGAUUGUGCCUGUGAUUCACUUCUCAUCUUAUGUUUGUCCUUUUCAUCUGAUUAAAGAAUUUAACAACAGUAAUUUGUCUUGAAUGAUUCAAAACUAUGUACUUUAGUUUGUGUACUUGCAACAUUUAAAAUUCGGAUCAGUUUUUCUUAUUGCCAAUCAUACUUGCAAGCUGCUCUUUUCUGUGAUAUACAGUACCUAUGUAGCUGAUUGGUUGUAAUCUGUUGAGAUAUCUCACUACUGUCAUGACAUGACUGGAUGUGUAUUGAGUGCUUUGUUUGUAUUCUUUUCUCUUGCCUAAAUUGUCUUAAAACUAUUAUUUUAAAUCUUUCAAUACUUUUGAUUGUGUUAAAUUCUUACUGCUCACAUUUAACUCACUUUCGUUUUUCUGCAUGAGCAAUCAUUAUGCUCUUAAAGAGUGCAGUGAAGUAGAGAGAGUCUCAACAGACAAAGCAGCUGGUGAAACCAAACUUCUCUGUAUCAGAUCAAGAUGGUAGUGCGUCUGUCUGGUAAACUACAGGCUUCCACUUAGCUUGCCUUUGUUCUUGAAAACCGGUCAGCAUUGUUACUUUUUUUAAAUAUUUUUUUUGAAGAUUAUUUCAUGCUAGUUGUAAGUAUUGUUAUAAGAAAGAAUGUGACCACCAAAAUAUCCAAUCACAUAUCAUGUAAGUGUGGAACCUGCAUCUUGAUUUUCAAUAUCAAGUAUGAAUCAGGUGAAAAUGCUAAAUACAGCUCAGCUUUAGAGACCAAGGCCACAUGACAAUGUCCUAUCAAGUUCAGUCAGAGUAGUAGUUGCAGUGUUUCUUAUUUAAUGAGUUUUAUCUGGUCUCUAAAGCAGAUACUGUUAAAGAUGUUGUACAUCGCUCUCAUAGACUAAGAAUUGUUUUAAUUUAACACUCCAAUCUAUAACAGGAUGUAGUCUAGCAUGGAUGCAUUUCCUUCCAUAAGUGUUCCUGAAUUAGCAUAAAAUGGUAUGUAAGGAACCCUGCUGAAAAUUUGGUGCUUUGUAUUGUGUAUGGAGGCUACAUCAUGUUGUGAAAAUGUUGUGGACUAAUAUCUAAGCAAAAUGUGUACAAAGAUAAGUAUAUUUCAAUUAUUUUGUUUAGAGUCUGGCAGCACAUUGCCGGCUGUAUUAGCUGCAAGCUGUACUGUCUUCUUAGUUAUGUGAUUCUACCAUUUAAGUUUCACAAGUGUUUCUAGUAGUUGACUAAUGUCUAUGAAUGUGAAGUUUGUAUCUGUUUUUCUUUUGUAUAUUAUAACCAGACAGAUUUAGGUGUCAAUUAAUAUUGAGCCAGCUGUCCUCUGACUGUUUUACUGAAGUCCAGGAGUUAUCUAUUCCUUCCAUAAAGUAAUAAACCAUCAUAUUUUCGCCAUGAAAGCUAUGCGAAGCCUUCUUAAUCAAUGCUCCAACCAAUCUUUAGUCUAAAACCUUAAAAAAAUUACUCAUUUGCAAGAUGGUUCAAGCAAAUUCAAAUCAUUUAUAAAGGCCUAAUAGACUAUUCCCUAAGACGACUAGCUGUAUGGUUCUUCUAUUUUUACAACUCUUGUCCAUAGACUUUAGUGGAAACUAUUUAUAGUCCAAGUAGAUUUGAAAUUUUUUGAAUUAUCUUUAAUGAUUAAAUAUUUUAUGUUUAUGUUGAUAAUUUUUUUUAAAACGUUAACUAUUGCACCCAUGUUAUAGAUGUUCAAAUUAAUGACUCGAUUAGACCUAGGUGCACAAUAUUGAUAUGAAUGUGUCAAUGCGAGUAUGUGUGCAAGUGAUAUUGUGGAAAGAGAAGCAUGAUCACAUGCACAUUGAAUUUCACUUGUGAACGGACCCAUUCACUUGAGAGUGCCAGUUUUAACUGGUUAGUCAAAUUAAUGCAUUUGUGCAAUAAAAAUAGGAAGUUCAUGUGUUAAGCACAGAAAUGUUGAUACUGUUGUUAAAGUAUGAAAUUAGGAAAUUUUCAAAUAUUCAACAUUUUCUUGCACCAUGUUAUUGCAUGUUUUUAAAAUACUGCCUAGAUUCAUGUAACAAGAAUAAAAUUAUUGAAAUUGA